AUGACAAACGGUGCCACCAAUGCCAGUGCUCCCAUUCAGGAGCCUCUACCCACGCCAGAGGACGUAAGAACGCAAAAUCGUUUUCGCGAAUUUGAUCUUCAAGGCAAGGUCUUUGCAGUAACUGGGGGUGGGCGAGGGUUAGGCCUGGCCAUGGCGGAAGCAUUGGUUGAAGCAGGCGCUCAAGUUCACUGCCUCGACCGUCUCUCUGAACCCGAUGACGAGUUCAUCUACGCCCAGAAACACGCGAACCCAGCAUACGGCGGCUCCUUGCAUUAUCGAUGCAUGGACGUACGAGACGCUGAAAACGUGAAAGAGACCAUGAGUCGCAUUGCCGAUCAGAAACAGCGACUUGACGGAUUACUCGCCGCGGCGGGAAUCAACCAUAUAGAUAGCGCAAUCGGACAUUCGCAGAACGACGUCAACGAGAUCAUGAGCAUCAACUAUACCGGCCUGUUCAUUUGCGCCACUGAAGCCGCCAAGCAGAUGAUGAAAUAUAAUUGUCGGGGCACGGUUUUAUUGGUGGCGAGUAUCAGCGGUAUCAUUGCGAAUAAGGGCAUGUGUGCACCUGUCUAUAACUCCUCCAAGGCUGCAGUCAUCCAGCUCACGCGCAGUCUGGCCAUGGAAUGGGGACCGCGAGAAAAGUCAGGAAAGCCAGGUAUCCGUGUCAAUUGCAUUUGCCCUGGACAUGUCGUUACCAAGAUGGUCGAGCAAAUCCUGGAGAAAGAUCCUGAGGCCCAGAAGGUGUGGGAAGGAGAGAAUAUGCUGGGUAGGUUGGGUCGACCGGAGGAAUUUAGGGGAGCUGCGCUGUAUUUGUUGAGCGAUGCGAGUAGCUUCAUGACUGGCGCAUCAUUAAUAAUUGAUGGAGGACAGACCGCGUGGUGA